UACCAACUGUAAACACAAAACAAACGUUGCGUCAUAUUGCGCACUGUGUCCUGAGUCGUGUGUCGCGAAUCUCGUUUUCGAAAGAGCACGCACACACAUGCCGCGUCGUGAAAUCAAAUCAUCGGCCCGGGAAACAAGAGUGCAUAAAUCGCGAAAGACAAUCCUUAGUGUUUAUCAGAUGCAAUCGGUUUUGGCGCGUGUGGUUGCGUACGUGUCGCGUGACUGUCGAUUCACGUAUCUGUGCGCGCUCGGUAGGUCAAAAUGGCGUGAACCGACCGUACGAUUUUAGGUUAUCUUCGCUCGUGGCAAAUUACAGUGGGUCUGAAAAUAAAGACAAGCGUCUAUCCACAAGUAGCAUUUUCUUCUUCAACAUCACAUCGCGAUCCUUGUGCGUUUUUGGGCCCGAGUUACAUGAGUUAUGACGACGGAAUGCCCGCAGGCGGUAACAGUCGUUUCCGCGGUUACCCAGCGCGGAUGUCCGAGCGACAACAGCUCGCACUUCUUCUUCAAAUGACCUCUCAAGAAAUAGUGUCAGAACACAUAAUUGAUGGCCAAACAAUGCUAGGCGGAAAUCGAACAGAAAACACAACUACAUCAAGCACUACCCCAAGGUCGUCGACAUUACAACAGCGAGGGUCAAAAGGCCGCUGGACUAGCAAAAAUGGGGAAUCGGCAGUCCAAGCAUCUAUCAAUCGUAAAGAAGAUUUUCGAGUGCGACAGAUGCUCGUGAAUGGAUACGAUCUCAACGCUAAAGAAACAAAUAAUAUUACAGGUGUAAGUUCACCUGAUGAGAGUACAACAGUUGCCCCUAAUAGCCCAUGCUCUCCAGGUGAAACGAGCGCAGCAGCGCCGUCAAACGAGCAAGAGCAGGAGCAACAACAACAACAACAACAGCUUUACCAACAUCACCAUUCUCAGUUCCAACAACAGCAACGUACGACCGGAAGUGCACCAGCCGUUGCACAGCACGUUGCUGAAGACAGUGGAGCCCCCUGUGAGAUGCGGAGGACACCACCGCAAAAUAAAGUUGAUAGAUCGGGAACCGGGCAGUCUGGAAGCUCGCCGAGGGUGACGCUUCGACUCAACCAGGUGCGUGGAGCGAGGGAUGAGAAGAAAGGAGGGGGCACUGCUAAUUCCCGUCAGGGCGGCAUGAACGCACAGGAAAAACAAUGUUUACAGAAUCAAGGUCAAAUGGAAAAUUCGUCGAAGACGUCAAACGUCUCGUCAGGGACCGUAAAUGCCGCCUCUGGCUCUGCUACCACUGGAAACACAUCAUCAGCUACUGAUAGUGGAGAUGUAUAUGAGUUCAAAAGUUCAAAAGAGCCAACACCAGUGAGAGGUGCAAGCUCUUCACCAAAUCCGAAUCCAGAAAAAGAUAAAGAUGGCAGCAAACCUGGUAGCAAUCAAGGCGGUCAGAAUGGUGGUAACAACGUGUCCACCGUUGGUAGUACAACAUCUUCUGGCGAAACAACGACGUCGUCAAUAUCCAGCGAUGAUGCUCCUACGGUUUCCGCGUCGCCUUCGUCUAAACGAGCUUUUGAAAGUGACAAUACAGAGGAGCAAGAUGAAGAAAAUCGACGGAAGAAGCGGAAGGAUUCGGAACCUGUAAAAGAAAAUUUAAAAAGCACAACUACUGGAAGGCAAAGUGCAGGUAGAAAUUCUGCUAAUACAGGGGAAAAGUGUACGAAAUCAACUAAGCAAGGAUCUGGAGCAACUUCUGGGAAAAAUAACCAAAAUGCCGUUUCAAUUGCUGCGGAUAGGAAAAGUCCGAGUGCCUCUUCAGUAGCGAGCAGUCCGAAGCCUUCGAAUCCAUCUAGUUCAACAACUAAUACGAAAACAACUACACCGGCUCCUGCAGAAUCCGAUGGCGAAGAUGAUCGAUCGAAAGGUUCAGAUUCCAAUUCAGCUCCUAAAGUACCACCUUUAAAAAUAGUUAUUCCGCAAAGUACUACGUCUGAACAAGAACAGGGGAACAGAAAUGGAAAAAGCACAUCUAAUCGAAGUCAUCAACUGCCUUACGUAGUCGCGAGUUCUAAUAGUAAUGAUUCGACGGAUAAAGAUCAAAGUCAGUCAGCUAGUGGUACAACGAGUCCUACAGAAGGUGGAAAUAAUACAAAAAAUGAGGAUAAAAAAGAUUUUAGCGGUGCUUUGCAUGGAGAAGAAAGAUCGACGCAUCAUCAGAGAGUGCUUCGAAGUUCACAUAGAUCCGGCAAUGGCAACAAUGGAUCAGCAAAUUUAAAAGAAACUUCUACCUCUGCGGGUAAUGGAAAUUAUUCAAAUUCGUCGCCACUACCGGUAACUACUACGGAUCGUUCUAAUAAUUCGUCACCGCAACAACGGCAUCAUUCACCGACACCUGAAACAACUGGUUCCGAAUCGAAUAAAAAUAAUUCCACAGAAGUUUCAAAUAGUAGCACUACUUCAAAGACAAACGUUGCGGCAGAAAAGUCAGAAAAAAAUACUGAAACUGGAGGAAAAUGUCAGAAAGAUGGAGGAGUAGAAAAUUCGGAAAAUACUUCUACAACUACCUCGUCAACAACGUCAAAUGUAAGCACUCCAGCUCCACCUGUUGAACUUCAUCCGAGAAAAAGGAAAAUGAAACCUAAUAAAGAAGCGCAGCAAGCUGCUACAGCUGCUUCAAAUGAAACAUCUGAAGCGACUAAUACAGGUCCAGAAGUUCAUCCACAUGACCAACCCAUUACGAAUUGUUAUCAAUUAUUUUUAAACAUCAGGAAACAAAUUGAACGAAGAAGAAAAGGCCUUUUUCCAGUUCAACCAAAACCACCUCAAGGUUUCAAGGACUACUUAAUGAAUCGUUGCACAUAUGUAUUGGCUGGAAAUGCCAAUAAAGAGCCGAAUGUUAAUCCUCCUGUUGGUUUACAAGGCGCCAUGAAAGACUUAUAUAUUGAGCAAGAAAAGGAAAGAUAUCGUCUUAGAAUGCAGCACGUAGUUGAAAAAGAGAAAUUAGUUCUAUCAGUGGAACAGGAAAUUCUUAGAGUACAUGGUAGAGCUGCUAGAGCUCUUGCUAAUCAAUCUCUUCCCUUUUCUGUUUGUACAAUAUUGAAAGAUGAAGAAGUUUAUAAUGUUAUUACACCAGAACAAGAAGAAAAAGACAGAAACGCAAGGAGUAGAUACAAUGGUAGACUGUUUCUGAGCUGGUUACAAGAUGUGGAUGAUAAAUGGGAAAAAAUUAAGGAAGCAAUGUUACUCAGACAUCACAACGAGGCAGAAUCUUUGCAUGCUGUGCAGAGAAUGGAUUGGGAGUGGAAGUUAAAAGAAGUUGGACUAUGCGAAUUUAAAGCAACACCUCAAAUAGAAGAUAUUCAUGUUCCAAUGGUACACGUUUCAGACGACUUCGAUUUGCUCCCAGCUUAGUCUAUAGUGAUUGCACAAUUAACUUGGCAUAACUGUCUUGCUCAUACCUUUGAGAUGAAUUCAAAGGAUAUGGUUGUAAUCUGUGAUCUCUUAAUAACGGUAUCCGCCAUUUUUGUGCGGUUACAAAAUUACAUUAUAUUGCUUCUAUAGUUUAUACUACAUCUGGAGGCUACAUCUAAAAAACUUAAUUCUAUAAUUAAGUAACUAUCUUGUAUUUAUGGUUUUAUUAGAUUUUCAAAAUUUAAAUACAAAGUUAAAUUAUUUGUGUUUGUAACAUACUUUAUACACAAAUUGUACAUUUAAAUGAGAAGAAAUAGGAGGAUUUAUAAGUAUCGAUUGAAGAUACAUGAUGUCUUACAAAUUGGAUAAUUAAGAAAUUAUGUUAAAUUUUAUCAACAAUAUGUUUUAGUAAUUUGAUACUGUAUUUUUCAGUAUACAAUCUCUACAUAAUAAUGUACUGUACAUAUUUUGUACCUAGCAACGUAAAUAGUACUUUUAAGUAAUGUAUAAAAAUUUUAGAUUAAGAAACUGUAAUAAAUGAAAUUGCUUUAAACUA